AUGGCCUCGUCCGCCCCCGUGGUCUGUCCGUGCUGCAAUAAGCCCAUCCCCUCGGCGCUCAUCAACGAGCACCUCGACUCUCAAUGCUCGCUGUUCGUCCAGCCUUCUGCGGCCGCAUCGUCGGGUCCUCGAUCUCCAAGGCAAUCUUGGCUGCCAAAGCCCGGCUCGCCACCCCCAUCUAAAGCCCCUCCCAAGCGCAAACUGACAUCGGCUUCCCAGUCGCCGUCGUCGUCCGUUCCGCCACUGUCUCCAUCGGCUUCGUCCGCAUCAGCACCGCUCAAGCCACCUUUCUCGCCACCAGAGACCCAUCUCCACCAGCAACACGAUAUCGAGCCAUACGACAGCCAGGAGGUCGAUCAAGAGGAGCCUUCUCCCGAUGAAGCUCGGCCUGACCGCACCCCGCCUGCGUCCCUGCCUCCAAAGAAAAAGCCACGAACCAGCCAUGCGCCGCUGGCCGACUUGGCUCGCCCAACCGACCUCGGCCACUUCUACGGCCAGCCGUCCCUCGUCGGCGAUGACUGCCUACUUUCGAGGCUCAUUCAGUCGGGCCGAAUGCCCAGCAUCUUGCUAUGGGGCCCUCCAGGCUGUGGCAAAACGACGCUUGCCCGACUCAUCGGCCGGACCGUGGGCAAUUCGUUCUAUCGAGAAAUGAGCGGCGCUACGCACUCGAUCGCCGAUGUCCGCAAGAUCGCCACAGAAGCCCGGAAUCAGUCCAAUCUGACGGGCCAGCGACCCAUCCUGUUCAUGGACGAGAUUCAUCGAUUCACCAAGUUGCAGCAAGACUUUUUCCUCAAGCCUGUCGAAGAGGGCAACUUUACUCUUAUCGCAGCGACGACCGAGAAUCCGUCGUUCCGCAUCAACUCGGCACUGCUUUCGCGCUGCCGCGUUUUUGUGCUGAACAAGAUCGACCCUGAAGCCAUGAAGGCCAUCAUCAUGAGGGCUGUGCGGCUCAAAGAGGAAAACGCAAUCGGAUAUCUGUCGAUCCUCAGUGACGGUGACGCCAGGUCUGCACUCAACUCGCUCGAGAUGGUCGUCGACUCAGCCAUCGGCUACAAGCAAAACAGGGUUGUGGUAACGCUGGAUCAGGUCAAGCAGAUCCUGCAAAAGACCCACAUGCUCUACGACAAGGACGGCGAAGAGCACUACAACCUCAUCAGUGCAUUUCACAAAAGUGUCCGCGGCUCGGACGAGGAUGCAGCACUGUACUGGCUGAGUCGGAUGAUCUUUGCCGGAGAAGACGUGCUCUAUGUGGCCCGAAGGAUGAUCCGGAUUGCGUCAGAGGAUAUUGGACUCGGCGACUCGCAAGCCCUUCCGCUCGCCGUUGCAACAUAUCAAUCUUGCCAGAUUGUGGGCAUGCCCGAGUGCGAUGUGAUGCUUGCACACUGUGCCGCCUACCUUGCGCGGGCACCCAAAAACGUCGAUGUGUACAAGGCGCUCAAGUUUGUGCGAGAAACCAUCGAUUCCGAGCAGGGCUAUCCGGUGCCAUUCCAUCUUCGCAAUGCCCCUACCCGGCUGAUGGAGCAGAUGGGAUAUGGAAACGGAUACAAGUACAAUCCUGACUAUGUCGGACAGGAUAUCGACCAGUAUUACCUGCCCGAGGAACUCCAUCGGCGAGGCUGGAAGUGCAUGCCCAAGCCCGACACCAAAUAA